AUGGGUUCAGAAAUAUUGGAUGAGAAGACGGAACAGAACGGACCAUUGUUAUCGCCAGAGGAAUACGAAAACGACAUCAGCGACAGUGAGAGUGUGCACAGUGAAGAGAUGGCCGUCGCGCCCUCAGCUGUGUCAUCGCUGCAUCCUGCAUUCUUUAUAGCGCUAUGGAUCGGUAUGAGCUCUCUAGUCAUCCUCUUCAACAAAUGGAUCCUACACAAUGCCGACUUCAAAUACCCCAUCUUCCUCACCUCAUGGCAUAUGUUCUCGUCUGCUCUGGUGACUCAGAUCAUGGCCCGCUAUACUGGAUACCUCAACUCCCGCCAUGAAGUCCCCAUGACGAAACGAACGUACCUGCGCGCCAUCGUUCCCAUCGGGCUGUUGUUCUCGCUAUCCUUGGUUUGCGGCAACGUCACCUAUCUAUACCUCAGCGUCAGUUUCGUACAGAUGCUCAAGGCCGCAGCACCUAUUGCCGUCCUCCUCGCUACCUGGAUGUUCCGCCUCUCCGAACCUUCCCUCACCGCCUUUGGAAACAUUUGUAUUAUUGUCGUGGGUGUGGUUAUUGCUUCUCUGGGAGAGGUCCAGUUCAACAUUCUAGGCGUCGGAUACCAACUCGCAGGCAUUGUUUUUGAAGCCACUCGCCUGGUCAUGAUUCAGAGACUCUUGUCUGCGGAAUUCAAGAUGGAUCCUCUGGUUUCGCUAUACUACUUUGCGCCUGUGUGUGCUAUUACAAACGGCAUACUGGCACUGGUGUUCGAGGCCUCACGCAUGACCUGGGCGGAUUUCGAGCGCGUGGGUAUAUUCAUGCUCCUCCUGAAUGCAGCAGCGGCUUUCCUCCUCAACUUUGCCUCUUUGCUUUUGGUACGUUUAUUCCCAGAACAAGCUCGCGCCUUUGGCAAUGCAAGAAUCAGAAGUGGUGCACCUGCCUUCCGCGGAUACUACGGACAGGCCAUCAACAGAUUCUCGGAAUACAGAAGACCGAGCGAAGCGGAUCCUGUUUCUGCUGUCGAAGCGCAGGAGGUCGUCAUGACGACAAGGAGAAGUGAGGAAGAAGUCAAGAGCCCUGGGAUUGUGAACAUCAAGAGUGCUUGA